AUGAAAUCCAAAACGUCGGUCCUCAUUUCCGGCGCCGGCCCAGUCGGCCUCUUGAUCGCCCUCCGCCUCGGCCAAGCGGGCAUCGACACCCUGCUCGUCGAGAAACACGCCUCCCUCCAGCCCGCCACCCGUGCGAUGGUCUACAUGCCCGUGGUGAUCCCCGUGCUGACGGCGCUCGGCAUCUUCGACAAGGUCCGCGAGGAAGCGUUUCUCAACACCGAAGGCAUCACCUGGCGGGAUGCGACUGGACGACCGCUCGGGCGGUUACGUCUCGGGAUGAGCCUGCCAGAGAGUGGCCAUGACGGUGACGGUGGCGACCAGUUGUUCGGCGGCGUCCUCCUCCUGGGCCAGUGGAAGAUGGCGCGGCUGAUCCUGGACGAGAUCACCCAGUAUCCUUGCGUGGAAGUUUGCUUUGGGGUCGAGUGCGUGGGCAUUCAAGAGCGGCAGCAGCAGGAGCAGCAGCAGCAGCAGCACCCUACGGAAGCGACAGAGGCAGCAACGACGACAGCCAUCGUGACGCUGCACGAGCGAGGCACGGGUGCGGAAAUCGCCAUCGAAGCGACGUACGUGGUUGGCGCGGACGGGGCCAACAGCAGCGUGCGGCGCAUCAUGUCCAUCCCCUUCCACGGCUUCUCGUACCCGUGGAAGAUGAUCGGCGCCGAUGUGCUCUACGAUUUCGUGGCCGAAGAGGGCUUCUCGCCGGUGAACUUCAUCGUCCACCCCGUCGACUGGGCGGUCGUGGCCUUCACGGGCGAAGAAGAGGACGGCCACCGUCACGGCAGCGGCAAGAGGCCGCUGUGGCGCGUCGCCUACGUCGAACCGCCGGACCUGCCUGCCGGGCGGGACGACUAUGUGGCGCGCGCCCGCGACAGGAUCCCCCGCUGUUUCAUGAACCGGGGGAGUAAGGAGUUCGAGCUCCUGCGCGCGGAGCCUUAUAUCAAUUCUCAGAAAUGUGCCGCCCAGGCGCGAAAGGGCCGGGUCGUGCUCGCGGGUGACGCUCUCCAUUCAAACAACCCGAUCGGCGGCCUCGGCCUCACCGGCGGCAUCUGUGACGCCUUUGCCUAUGGAAACGCCCUGGCCCGCGUCCUCAGCAGAGGCGAGCCCGACUCGCUUCUGACCGAGUGUGCCGAGACACGACGGCAAACGUGGUUGACCGUGACGGACGUCUUGUCCCAGGCCAACAUCCAACGGUUGUACCGAUUCGACGACCAAGGCAUCGUCGCGGCUCGCGAGGCGUUUUUCAAGAGGUCAAACGAGGAUGCCAAUUUUGCCCGCGAUGUCCGAAGAGGCUUGGAUAAGAUGCUGUCGAACACGUUCGAGUAG